AUGAGGAGGAAUAUCAGAAAAGCCUUUUACUAUGCCCUUAAACCAAAUGAUAAACCAUAUGUUUUAGCUUCAUACAAAAUUUUAACAGUAAUUAAUAAUGCUUUCGUGCAAGAUAUAAUUGAUAAUAAUUUAAUUCUCGAAUACUAUCCGAAAAUUUUCCAAACGGAAUCGCCCAAUACCCUUCUAAUCAGUAGAUAUUCAAUGCUUGCUACCGUUACGCUCUCAGCUUCGGUAAAAAAUUCAGAAAAAACUUGCCAAAUCUUCGUUAACUUGCUUAACGACGUUAAUUUCUUAGCCACAUAUUAUUUAUAUCACUCAAUAUAUACAUUUCCAGACAGAUUUGUUCGUAAUAGGCAAGCAAUUGUAAAUUUGCAUUUAGAAGUUCUUAUUUCACAGUAUAUACGUCGUAUUGACGCAUCUACUAUCGAUUUCAAUAACAUUUUAGACCCCACGACAUCCAAAUUAGUUGCCUGGUAUAACUUAAUUAAAGUGGCCAUUGAUAAUAACGUUUAUGAUAAGCAAUUUGUUUCCGAUGAUGUAUGGCAAUCAUUAAGUAUUGAUGCAGAAGUACCUCAACGCGUUCAUGACGCUCGAUGGGAUGCAAUUUCCUCAUUUUGCAAAAAAACACAACCCUCAUUCUGCAUGGUAUUCUUAUACCAAGCGUUUCAUCUAUUUUCAGAAGUUCCGACUACUUUAUGCCCUUACCAUGUAUCAGCUCUUGAAGUUAUUACAAAUGUAAUUCCGGCAUGUCCAAAUGAACUUCAAUUUAGUGUUUUGCAAACUGUAUUGAAUACUAUUAUUCGUCAUCCAUCCAAUUCUUUCUUCCAUCUGGCUGCUCUCCAUCUUUGCGAAGUUUUAAGCGCAAUCCCAAGUAUUUGCGAGCAGGCAGCAAUUAUCUUUGUUCCUCCUCUUAUAAAAGAGACUAGUGAUAGAACAAAAGGUAUUUUGCACGUUGCUGCUUUCGCAAUAAUUAAAGCUUUCUUAUUGGCGACAACAAAGAACCAGCGAUUGCACACAAUGUUGUUUUCGUUAAACGACGUUGUAACAUUCAUUAGAGGAGACCUCAGACAAUACGAAGAGCUUCUGACAACUUCUUAUGGAGAUGAGAAAUAA